AUGGCCAGCAGUCUCCGCCGGAGUGGGCCACCGGAGUGGACUUGGAGCGACCGUGGCGUCAGGGACACUUCCCUAGCAAGGAAUGGGUCCGGGGCCGUUGGCCGGGUCGUCAGGCACUCAGCAAAAACUAAUCUUUGCCGAGUCCGGCUGCCCGCCACCUCCACGCCUCCGGCCGCCGCUCACCAUGGCCGGCGCAUAACCAUCCCCCUCGACGCUCCACGCCGGCGGCCCCGGUCCACGCAGCCUGCGCCGGCGCUCGGCCCCCUGACGGUCCUCCGCGCCGACCUUGACGUGGAAGGCAGCUUCGACGACGCCGUCGCCGGCACGGUGAGGCACGUGGUGCUGACCUCGUCGAUAGCGGCGGUCUUCAUCAGGCCGGAGCUGCAAGGCGACGGGCACGUCCUGGACGAGGGCUCCUGGUCCGACGUCGAGCACCUCAGAGCCGAGAAGCCGACGUCGUGGGGGUACUGCGUGUCCAAGGUGCUCACUUAG